AUGGAGGCGUUAGUGAGAACAAUACUGGACCCCAACGGAGUUCUGCUCCAGGGCGAGGACAAAGGCAUAGACGACGAUUUUCUGGACACCCUUGAAAGAGUCAAAAUCUCCAACGUUCCUAAGGACAAAUGCUGUCCAAUUUGCACCAACGAGUUCCACCAGGAGGAAUUUCCGUUGAUAGUAGAGCUGCCCUGCAAUUCCAAGCAUUAUUUCGAUCUCGACUGCAUCGGGCCCUGGCUUAAGCUCAAUAGGACGUGUCCCCUGUGCAGAGUGGACGUUACGCAGAAGAAAAAGAUCGACAUUUCCGACAGCGAGGAGGAACAGGAUCUCAUGUAUGGUUAA